AUGGCGGUAGGCCGGGCCUCCAAGCGGCCUGAGCCCAGGGACCGCGGCCCCGGGGGAGACCAGAGGUCCGCAACCACCCUGACAAAUCUUAGUGGCAACACAGACGUCAGGGAGACUUCCUCCUCAGGCAGCGAGAGGAAGGCUCAAAUGUGGGAGGCCUCCCCCGUCGCCCUCAGAGGAGGGUUUCCAAACGAGGUCCCUGACUGCGGCAUCGGGGGCACCGGGGAAGCUGCUAGAAAGGCCGGGACGGUUGCCGUCAACGGUAUUCACCGUUCGCCACCCCCUCCCUCGGGGUCCACCCGGCCACCUCCGAUCCGGAAUGCACUUCCGGACUCCCCUGCAGCCAGCAGUGACCACGUGACCGAGUGUGGGGCCAACGGGAUGAAAUGCCAGGCGCUCAAACCCAUGUACAGCAUGAUGAACGGGCUGGGCUUCAACCACCUCCCGGACACCUACGGCUUCCAGAGCUCCGCGGGCGGCCUCUCGUGCCCGCCCAACAGCCUGGCGCUGGAGGGCGGCCUGGGCAUGAUGAACGGCCACUUGCCGGGCAACGUGGACGGCAUGGCCUUGCCCAGCCACUCGGUGCCACACCUGCCCGCCAACGGCGGCCACUCGUACAUGGGCAGCUGUGGCGGCGCCGCGGCCGGUGAGUACCCGCACCACGACAGCUCCGUGCCGGCCUCCCCGCUGCUGCCUGCGGCCGCCGGCGGGGUCAUGGAGCCGCACGCGGUCUACUCGGGCUCCACGGCCGCCUGGCCGCCCUCAGCCUCUGCCGCGCUCAACAGCGGCGCCUCCUACAUCAAGCAGCAGCCCCUGUCCCCCUGCAACCCCACGGCCAACCCCCUGUCCGGCAGCCUCUCCACGCACUCCCUGGACCAGCCGUAUCUACACCAGAACAGUCACAACGCCCCAGCCGAGCUGCAAGGCAUCCCGAGGUAUCACUCCCAGUCGCCCGGCAUGUGUGACCGCAAGGAGUUCGUCUUCUCCUUCAACACCAUGGCGCCCUCGUCCAUGCACUCGGCGGGCAGCGGUUCCUACUACCACCAGCAGGUCACCUACCAAGACAUCAAGCCCUGCGUGAUGUGA